AAUAUACACAUUUUAAUAAUAAUCGACCUACUUUUAUAGUUAUCCAACACAACUCGAUCUGAUGUGUCGUACUCCUUUAGAGGAAGGCGUAUUCGAAGAACCAGAAAAGAGUAAUAAGAUCAGAAAGAGACAUAAUGUAUGAUAGCUCUGAAUCAUUGGCAAAAGAAUUUUUAAAAUUAAUCGAAUAUUUGUCAAAUAACUCACGCUCAGCAUACAAUGGAAUCUCUAUCUCCAAAAUUCCUGAUUUUUCAGCGGAAAUUCCUAACCAAACACAAAUAGCUUCGAAAUUAGAAGCCGAAUUAGUUACUCUGCUGGACGAAUUUGACAUUUCCGAGCCACUCAACUUUAAUCUUUAUGAUGUGCUGAGAGACUACGACAGGUACUUUAACUCUAAAAAUAAAAUUCCAUUCGAGUAUGUUAACGAAAUUGUUAUGAGUGUUACUCUUGGAUCUAAAGACUUCUCCUCGGUCUUACAACUUUUGUUUCUUCUUAGGGAUAAGGCUUGCUUUCUUGAUGGCCAAUUUACUAAUAACCCCUUACCUGAUGUUCCUUCUAAUGACUUUCAAAUUAAUAAGGAAAAGAGUGAAGAGUUAAUGUUGGAUGAGUUUUUAUCAUCUCAAUUACGCCAAUUGUAUUAUUCUCCACUCAUACUUGAGUCUGAUACCGCAUUCACUCCAACCAAUAUUAACCUACCAAGUUAUAAUAAUAAUCAAACAGUUGAUAAUAAACGGAGUGAUACGAAUGUGUUGGAUGAUAGUAACAUACCAAGUGACAAGAAUGAUUUGAGUUAUGUGGUUAAUGGUACAGAAAUGUCUGAGUCAGACUCUCCAUAUAGCUUGGUUAGUGUUGAUGAUAACGUUUUAGCAGAGGGCGACUUGGUUUUGGAUAUGCUUUAUCUCCUUAAAGGAGUUGAUGGUAAAUACUUUAAAAGAAUGAGAACUUACUAUUCUUUGGUCAAUCCUACCCUUAAAAUCUCCUCCGAUUUUAAAUUUGUUAUCAGCAAAAUCAUUUUUGUUGCUGAUUUGUAUAAUACUGUUAAACUGUACCUUAAUCAAUUAAACUCUUCAAAUCCCACUAAUUCACAUAGUUUACAAAGCCAGUAUAAUCUUAAAAAUUCUAAUAAUUUACAAAAAUUGUACAAUAAUUUAAGUGGAAUUAAAAAUGCCGACCCGAUUCUGAAUUGUUUGCUCCAGGCCAUUGUUGAGGAGUUGACUGGUUACGCCAAGCUUUUGGACUUGUUGCUAUUAAAUUUCGGGGAUUAUUUAACCCUUUUGCAGUUGUAUUCAUUACUCCAUAAACCUUACCGUAAAAUUAGAAUAAUUUACUCAUUGGUAACUUGUGACCAUGUUUCUCCAAACGCUCUGUAUAGAUUAACAUUUACUGGGAAUUAUGAGCAUCGUGGGCUAUAUUUACGCUUAUUAAAGAAGUCCUUGGUCCCUUUCUUUGAGGUUAUUUUCCGGUGGUUGUACUCCGGAGAGUUGUCCUCAGUUGCUUCUAAUAUGGGCUUUUUCAUCAAUUUUUCAGACGGAUGUUUCACAUUUGAUUCUUCUAAGUUAUUUCACUUCUUUCCCAAAACCCUUGCUGAGGAUAUUUUUGAAAAGGGACUACUUUUUAACCAGUUAAAGAGGUUGAAAAAAUCUAAUCUUCCUACUCCUACUCUAAACUCUUUUCUUCAACUUCUAAACCUCCAAUCAGCAUUGAGCCAACUACAAAAUAACGCCACACAUACUAAUGGUAACACUAAUACUACCUCUGUUAAUACAGUUAAUACGGUUGAUGAAGUUAAGGAUAAUGAAGAAUGGAGUUUAGAAUAUACUUUAACAACCUUAAAGAAUAUAGUCUCGGGCCUUAGAUACUCUGAAGAUAUUGCAUCUACUUUGAUAAAAGACUAUCAACUACUUGACUUCAUUAACAAUUCUCUGUUGUAUAGUAUAAUUCCCAAUCCUUGCCCUAAGAAAGAUUACACGAGUAAUUACACAAAUAAUAUCUUGAACAAGGCAAUGGAUAGUAGUAAAUUGGUGGAAGGACUCGGGAAUCUAAGAGACAACUUGGAACUUAUCCGUUCAUUCCCUUAUAGUUUGUUAUUUGAUGAUAGUUACGAUUUUAUUAAUAGUUUGAUGUCUUUGUCAAGUCUUUUUAAUGCUGCUGUUGAUAGCCUCAACAGGAUAUUUCUAGACUAUAUUUGGUUUUAUAGACUCAGCACUGGCAUUUUAGACCUUUCCUCGUUUUUUAACAAGAUUAACUUUUACAGGAGUGAGAUGAUAAGUUUCAUGUUUUCAGUACAGCCUUUUCAUGAUGUUAAAUUCCACUUUAACAUAUUUAAAGAGGAUGUUCAACGCUCCAAGGACCUCAGCAAUCUCCGUGACUCGCUCUCGAAGUUCAAAAAGAACAUAAAGUCCCACCUUUUCCCAUCACUCACAGACUGUUUUAAAAACAUUCUGGAUUUCUCCUCUUCUAUUUCACGCAUUUUCACUUCUCUCAAUAAGAUUCAAAGUACUUCUAAUUGUACUAGUGGUAUAAAUGGUGCUAAUAAUUUUAGAAAUUACUUAGAUAAGUUGAUGGAUGAUAUGGACCCAGUGAGCGUUGUAAAGUAUAUCGAGGAUCAACUCAUGGAUGAAUCUAUUUCCAGCUGCUGUCUCCAGUAUGGAUUGGACUUUCGCAAGAAUGUUACUAAAUUAUCUAGGGGCCCUUUGGCCCUACCGUUGAUGGACUUUAAUAAUUAUUAUAUUAUUAAUAAAUGUAAUUAGCA